UAAAUUCGAAAGCUUUUUGUGGUUUUUUUCGCCGCACCUGCUACAGCCACACUGCCGCACACGUAAGGAAAUAAGUUUUCCAGUUCGAUUUCCAAAAUGCCGAAAAAGAAGACUGGGCAGCGUAAAAAGGCCGAGAAGCAGAAGCUUCGUCUCAAGGAGAUCCGCAGCAGGGAGGUGCCCCUAGCGGACUUGCCCUGCAAUGCCCCGAUGGAGUGCGACAAGUGCGAGAAGAAGCAGAAGUCGAGGGCCUUCUGCUAUUUCUGCCAGAGCAUUCAGAGAUUACCCAUUUGCGCCCAGUGCGGGAAGAUCAAGUGCAUGCUGAAGACCGGCGACUGUGUGGUCAAGCAUCCGGGAGUCUACACCACGGGCCUCGGAAUGGUGGGCGCCAUCUGCGACUUCUGCGAGGCGUGGGUCUGCCACGGACGCAAAUGCCUUCAGAACCACGCCUGCACGUGUCCGCUGCAGAAUGCAACCUGCCUGGAGUGCGAACGCGGUGUCUGGGAGCACGGCGGCCGUAUCUUCAAGUGCUCCUUCUGCAACGGAUUCCUGUGCGAGGACGAUCAGUUCGAGCACCAGGCCAGUUGUCAGGUGCUGGAGUCGGAGAACUACAAGUGUCAAUCGUGCAACAAGCUAGGCCAGUACUCCUGCCUGCGCUGCAAGACGUGCUACUGCGAGGAUCAUGUGCGUCGCAAGGGCUUUAAGUACGACAAGAACAAGCCGAUUCCGUGCCCCAAGUGCAACUACGAUACCUCGGUGACCAAGGACCUCAGCAUGUCCACGCGGUCACACAAAUUCGGGCGCCAGCAACAAGGAGGCAACAGCGACGACGAGGAGGGAUACGGUGGAUACUAUGGAGCCAGUGGCAGUGGCUAUUAUGGUGGUGGCGCCAGCGGUGGCUACUCCUACGGCAAUGAUGAUGAUGAAGAUGAGUCCGAUGGAGACUACGAGGAUGAAAGUGAUGAAGACGAUGAUGAUGAUGAGGAAGAGGAAGAGGAGGAGACUACGGAAAGCGAACCAGAGAAGGAAACCGACAAAAAGUCCACCAAAUAGGCUGAAUUGUUUUUAUACUCGUAAAUGGCUAAGUGAGCGAGUUCUCGGCUGUGCACUCGUUGCUGUCAAUGUAAUAGGGAAAUAAAUUCUUUGUCAAAUUGUGGA